UUCUGGGAACGCCCACAAGGGAGCAAAUUAGAGAAAUGAAUCCAAACUAUACUGAAUUCAAAUUCCCUCAGAUUAAGGCACAUCCUUGGACUAAGGACUCGUCAGGAACAGGACAUUUCACCUCAGGAGUACGGGUCUUCCGGCCCCGCACUCCACCAGAAGCGAUUGCGCUAUGCAGCCGUCUGCUGGAGUACACCCCCACCGCCCGCCUGACGCCCCUGGAGGCCUGCGCGCAUUCUUUCUUCGACGAACUACGGGACCCAAACGUCAAGCUACCAAAUGGGCGAGAGAAACCUGCACUCUUCAACUUCACCACUCAAGAACUGUCAAGUAACCCAUCUCUGGCUUCGAUCCUCAUCCCUGCUCAUGCCCGGAACCAAGCAGCUGCUUCAACCCCUACAAACGCUACAGCGGCCUCAGAUGUUAACGCGGGAGAACGAGUUCAGACCAAUAGUGUAGCUACAGCAUCAGCCUCCAACUCCACCUGAACCGGUACCGAGCAGCCAGCUGCACAGGAGAGGAAAACAAAACAAAACAAAAGAAA